ACAGCUCUACACCAAAGUUGAUCGCAUUUAUACAACAUUUAUAUUUACAAAUACGCCAUAACUUAAUCUACACCUAUUAAAUACAGCCCCCACCGAGCGCUGUGAUUGGCUGGAUUUUCCAACCCCUGGAGUGUUGGGCCAAUCACGGGCCGAGUUUCUGCAGCGAAGGGGUGGAGUCAGGGUGGUUUUGUAGCCGAGAUUUUCGCAAAUUCAAACAGUACUGUUCGGGGCACCUCGGAUGUGAGAACCCUUUAGAAACCUAAACUUGAGUGCGAUAUUCGUAGACGAGAACUUUUUAGUAACUUUGUGCAUGUGGUAUUUGAAGUUAAAAGUAAUAUGAACAUUAUUUUAGUACGAAAUUACUUUGUAAACGAUGUGGAUAACUUAUGUGGACGUUAGACUUGUCACGAUGAUUAUUUAAAAUAAUCUUGUUUAGCACGUGGACCCAAAGAAUUCCGAAUCAUCAUCCACAGUAGAGACAAUGAGGAGCUCCAAGAAAUAAAAAGACCAGCACUAUCAGAGGUCCCGCAAAACUCAACUAUAUCAAAGAGGAAACUUCUUUGGAGAACCGAGAACCGAGAUCCAAGAUGGCUGGUCCAUACCUCUCCCCGUUACCUGGUGACUUGCUGACGGAGUACAUGUUCGGUCGUCGCCGGCAGCGUCGGAACCGCACCACCUUCACACCGCAGCAGCUGAGCGAGCUGGAGUCGCUGUUCCAGAAGACUCAUUACCCUGACGUGUUCCUGAGAGAGGAGGUGGCUCUGAGGAUCAGCCUCUCUGAGGCUAGAGUUCAAGUAUGGUUUCAAAACCGGCGCGCGAAGUGGCGUAAGCAGGCGCGUCUGCAGCUGCUGCAGGACGCGUGGAGGAUGCGGUGCCUCGGACUUGGAACACCACCACUGCCAUUAGGUCAUUCAAAACCUGAUUCUUCGCCUGAGGCCCCCGAGUCACCAACUGAUAAAGAUUCGCCGGAGCCGCCUGGUGCCAUGGAGAACCGGGACUUGAAGUCUCCUCGCCAAGAUCCUUACAUGCACAACACUUACAUGGAACCCUUACCAACAGUCACACCCAACGUACAUGAGAUGCCACAGAUGGCAAAUGCGAACGAGGAUGGACGGAUGCUGCAACAGCCUUUCGGGUUUCCACCAUUAUUGAUGUCGCAGCAGAUGGAUCCAGAAGUUGUGCCGACAGAUUUGCGAGUGAUGUCGAAGCCAAAUCCCUGCGCUUGUGGGACUUCAGUCCAGGAUAUGGACCAGCCGCAGAACCUUGCGUACCGUCAAAGGCGAGACAAGGAGACGAGUGACAGCGACACUGACACUGAAAUAGAUCUGACGUCACAUUCCAAGGACGAUGACAUAAGGGAAUCAGAAAGGCUGGCCAGUAGGAUCGCUACCAGCAUCUUCAGAAGCGACACAGUGCUUCACGACAUGAUGCCCAAUGAUCUCAGUUUAGGAGCUAAGAAUGGCAGCGACAGAGUCAGAAAUAAUGUAUCAAUCUAAUUGUUUGUAUUAAAUUACAUAUCCGAGGAAUAGGAUGUUGUUUCUUAAUAAUAAUCGACAUGUUUUCUAUUAAAUAGAAGUUCACAAAUUGUUUUGACGUUUAUGAUAACAUUUUGUGGUCUGUAAUUUUAAUGAAAGUAUAGAGUUCAUGGAAAUAGCUUUCGAUACGUUUUUAUAUUUUAUUUUAAUUAUUUAGCUUUAGACUCAAUGUGAUUUUGUUCUAGUCAAGGUUAUAAUGGCCGUUUUACAUUAUUUUGGGUGAUUAUGGGUGAUGGGUGAUAUUACUAUUCUAUGAAAAACCUACUCGACUCUCUAGGUGUACCAAAGCACUCUCCCCGCACAAAUGAAUGUAAACGGGCCUUAAGCAUAAGCUUUCUUUUCGUAGACAAUGUUUAUCUAGUAUUUGCUACAGCGUUUGCUAAACGCAUACGUUAGUGACAUAGUUAUAAAUGUAAGAUAGAAAUAAUAUUUGUUACUGAAAAUGUAUAUAGU